AUGUGUGGUAUAUGGGCAAUAUUUGGCAGUACAAGCGAUUUAGUCACGCUAUGCAAUGCAGCCUCCAAAAUUGCUCAUCGUGGACCCGAUGCCUUUCGGUUAGAAUCUGUCUACCAGUUCCCGUCAUGCUGUCUGGGAUUCCAUCGCCUUGCUAUCCUGGACGCUGACCAUGGGAUGCAGCCGAUGAGAGUCUUCCGACAUCCUAAUGUUUGGCUAAUCUACAACGGAGAAAUAUAUAAUCACAUUCAACUUCGACAGCAGUUUGACUUCAAGUACGCCACUCAUUGUGAUGGUGAAUCCAUUAUCCAUCUGUAUGCCCGAGGCGGGAUAGAGUUCGCAGCCAGACAUUUGGACGGCGUGUUUGCCUUCUGCCUCCUUGAUACAGCAAGCAGGAAAGUCUACCUAGGCAGGGAUAGCUUUGGGGUCAAGCCGCUUUUUCGUAUCUUAAAGGAGGGUGGCAUUUUAUCAGCAUGUUCUGAGCUCAAAGGACUAAUGGACAUUGUGAAACACCAGUCAAAAGACAAGAUUCAACAUGUGCUGCCAGGCCAUGUGGAGACUUACAGGCUAGACAGCAAAUGCCGAGUGUCGCUAGACAACAUCAAACAGUUCAAUGAAAUAGGCAGCAAACCGUUUUAUAAUGCAGAUUCAGCAAUAGAGAAGGACGUGAAGGCAAGUAUUCGGACUCUUCUAAGGAGCGCUGUAAGCAAGAGAAUGAUGGCGGAGCGACGUAUAGGAUGUCUACUCUCUGGUGGUUUAGACUCGAGCUUGGUGACCGCAUUACUGGUUGAAUUGGCAAAGGAAAGAAAAUUGUCCUAUCCCAUACAGACCUUUACUAUCGGCAUGCAGGGAGGCACAGAUAUAAUGGCUGCAAGAAAGGUGGCAGAACACUUAGGAACAGAACAUCAUGAAAUUUUGUUCACACCAGAAGAGGCAGUCGCCGCCAUUGAAAACGUCAUCUAUUACCUGGAGAGUUAUGACAUCGUGUCCGUCCGUGGAUCGGCUGGUAUGUACUUACUAUGCAAAUAUAUCAAGGAAAAGACAGAUACGACCGUCAUUCUGUCUGGAGAAGGAGCUGACGAGGUUGCACAGGGGUAUAUAUACUUCCAUAAAGCGCCCUCUAUUAUGGAAGCUGACAUGGAGAACAGACGCCUCUGUAAGGACUUAAGUAUGUUCGACGUUCGAAGAGUGGACAGAAUGUCGGCUGCUUUUGGACUUGAGGUACGUGUGCCUUUCCUAGAUCACACAUUCAGCAGUUAUUACCUGUCUCUAGACCCCUCAAUAAAGGUACCUGUUAAUGGCGUAGAGAAAUAUUUACUGCGAUCAGCCUUCGAUGAGACGGAUUUGUUACCAAGAGAAAUAUUAUGGAGACCCAAGGAAAUCCUCAGUGACGGCUUGUCCUCGAAAAAUAAAUCUUUGUAUGAAAUCUUACAAGAUUUUGCUGACGAAAAGUUAAAGAACUUAGAUUUGGAUCAAUGCAUUCAACAGUAUCCACACAACCCACCCAUCAGUAAGGAGUCCCUGCACUACCGACGGAUAUUUGAGAGUUUCUAUCCUGGACAGGGUCAUGUGAUACCCUAUUUCUGGAUGCCAAAAUGGUCAUCGUCUUCUGACCCUUCAGCCAGGACACUAGAUAAUUACAAACAGUGACCAUGCACUUAAUUCAAUCAAACGUGAAAUAUUAGUAUCAAAGUUGUUAUUUUGCAUCGGUGAGUAGAAGUAUCAA